GUAAGCGAUGAAACUAGCAUUAGCGAAAUUAGUGCUAAACCGCAUAUGUCCUCUUUGAUUGAAUCGAAUUCUCAGAUGGGACCUAGUCUCGAGGCUUUGCCUCUUCCUGCUGUGGCAAGCACUCUGAUGUCACCUCUAUCGGCAUAUAUUUUUCUUGCUCUAUUAAUUAUUGCGGUUAUUGUUAUAUUGAGACGUGAAUGGGGAUUUGAGAGAAAAAAAAGUGAUCGGUUACGGGAUACGUGGAUCGGAUAA